AUGUUCCUCAAUAAUAAUAAUAAUAAAAACAAUCAUCAACAAACAUUAAACAACAAUACAGUUCAAAUACCAUCAUUGAAUUCUAUUUCAAAAGAAUUCGAAGCACUUAAAUGUAUACCAAUACAACAAGAAACAUUAUUCAAUGACAUGUUUGUACAAUAUUAUCAAUGUUCAAAUAAUAAUAAUAGAGUUAAUCUAAAUGUUAAAGUAGAAAUUACACAAAAUUUAGCACCGAUAAAACAUUUACGAUGA